CCAGUGUGCUGUGCGUCAGCCUGAGCUGCUCGGCACUAUAUAAAGUCGCGGUGGGCAGAGGGAGGGCUGCCGUACAGCGGGUCGCUCAGAAAGACAGGAGCCAGACACACUCAGCCUUCACUGGACCACAGAGACAGACAGAGAGAGACAGACAGGAUAAUCUCUCACAUAACAGACAACCAUGACAGAUAAACUUAAAGAUGCUAAGAUCGUCUUUGUGGUGGGUGGCCCCGGCUCUGGAAAAGGCACCCAGUGUGAGAAGAUUGUGGCAAAGUAUGGCUACACUCACCUGUCCUCAGGUGACCUGCUGCGUGCGGAGGUGGCAUCAGGCUCAGAGAGGGGCAAACAGCUCCAGGCCAUCAUGCAGAAGGGAGAACUUGUACCUUUGGACACAGUUCUGGACAUGAUCAAAGAAGCCAUGAUCGCCAAGGCUGACGUCUCAAAGGGCUACCUGAUCGACGGAUACCCUCGUGAGGUCAAGCAGGGAGAGGAGUUUGAGAAGAAGAUCGGCGCUCCAGCUCUGCUGCUGUACGUCGAUGCUAAAGCCGAGACCAUGGUGAAGAGGCUGAUGAAGCGCGGAGAGACCAGCGGCCGUGCAGACGACAACGAGGAGACCAUUAAGAAGCGUCUGGAUCUCUAUUAUAAAGCCACUGAGCCCGUCAUCGCUUACUAUGAGAAGUGCAGCAUUGUUAGGAAGAUUAACUCUGAGCUGCCGGUGGAUGAGGUAUUUGCUAUUGUUGAAAAAGCUAUUGAUGAGCUGAAGUAAAACGCACUUGACGACAAA